CGCGAACCGGACCCAGUCUGUUUAGUCCUGUGAUCCGCGACCGUACGCUUACAACGCGUUUUUUUUCCUCCCUAUUUUACGUUGUGCUCAUCAGCCUACACGAUUGUUGUUUAAAACACGUUUCAGUAAAUAUUAUUUUGUCUCCUGUGAUAAUUUUUGUUUAACAACGCGACGCAUAAUAAAUAAACGUGAUCCAAAACUUGCGUUGUAUUUAUUUAUUUAUUUUUUGUGUUCCACGUUCACCGUUCACGACGCCGUCACACUACCAGUGCCUUGAGCCUACGAGUGACUUAUCCGACCCUGCCUCUACCUGCUCGGACAAUUGACGAAGGCUAGCCAAUCACAAACGGCUAUAGGUUGGUGUGUUUCCAUUGUUCAACAAGGAUUGUGUCUUAUCGUUUUCAUUUCAAUAGUCAAUAGCAGGUCAUUUUAGGUAUGUUUAAAUGCGAGGAGUGUUCGUUCAAAUGUAAUUUCGAGGGAGAUUUUAAAAAACACAAAAAAAUGCACAAAGGAGGAGUCAAUUUGCCGUGCCCUUUGUGCACUUUGAAAUUCAAUUCCCGUUCUGUUUUUUUAGGACAUUUAAGCGAAAUUCAUGACAUUGGUGGAAAUAGCAAACCUUACAAGAGACAAGCCAUUGCUGAAAAUAACGUUUCCCACGAUGAAGUCCGUCAUUCAUGCGACUUGUGUGAUUCAACAUUCAGUUUACGGGGUAGUUUGUUACGACAUAAAAGAAAUUUUCAUGGUACUUAUGUUUAUAAAAAUCAGAAACGUCACGAGAGCCAAGUCGCCCAAGUUCCCGAUAUCAAAUCUGAACCAAACGUCAUUGAUAUUGCUUCAUAUAAUUUACGUCCACGCAAUCCAUUGGGUGUGGUAUGUAAAAAUGAAUAUUUACACAAAGGAAAAAGAUGUGCUCUGAGAAAACUUCAUGAAGAAUAUGUAGAGGCGCAACAUUCUCAAGAUAAAUGGCUGGUUUGGGUAUCCCACGCAGAUUCACUUUCUCAAAAGCUCAAUUUAGAUAUGCAAGUAAUAGCAAUGUUAAUGAUGGAUAUUUAUGCUGAUUAUUCAACUCCUAUAGAUGAGAAUCUAAUACAGAUGUUGCACCAAGACUCAUUUUUUUGUGUGGAAAAUAUCCAACAUCAUACACAAUACUACAUAUUCGUGCAGUUAGUUUAUGGACUCAUGAAAAUAUAUGAAAUGGGUUUUGAAAAUCUUCAAACUCGCAGAAAAUCAAACUGGAAGAAAAAUACAAUCACCAUACUUAAAUAUUUUGAAUUCACUAAUGAGACUGUUGAUUUUUUAAUAGAAAGAAUAGAAAAUUUUAUUUAAUAUUAUUGUGAACAUGUGAUAAAUAUUUUUAAUUAUAAUGUAAUUUUUAUUAUAACUACAACUACUAUAUUAUUAUAUACACUGAACCACCUCUUGCCUCUAUAAUAUUUCACAUAUUAAAGCAUAUAACUUAAUUACAUAGUGUUGUAGUUGUAAAAAAAGCAAAAAGUCUACUAUUUAAGUUUUAAAUGUUAUAACUAAUCAUCAUUAGGUGUGUCGAUAUACAAGUAUAAAAUACAAUUGUGAACAAAUUUAAAUAAAAAUAAAACUUUUUUGUUGUUAA